AUGGCAAAAGGCAAUAAUCAGAUCGAGGAGAACACCACUCUCAUGAAUGGCAACAACAAGUCAUCAGACUACGAUGAGUCAUUUUCCCGCUUUCUUUAUAAUAAGGACAGAGGAACAGUGCUCGGCAGAACGGCAAAGUCGUGGUGCCAAAUUACCGUUUUCUACAUUAUAUUUUAUUCCUGCUUAGCUGCUUUUUGGGUUGCUUGCCUUGCAAUAUUCCUAAACACACUUGAUCCAAAAGUGCCACGUUUCUAUGGAAAAGGUACCAUCAUCGGCAUCAACCCUGGAGUUGGAUAUCAACCAUGGCUUAAAGAGAACCCAGAUUCUACGCUCAUCAAGUACAAUAUGAGAGAUGAGAAAUCAUGGGAACCAUAUGUGAAGCAGUUGGAAGAAUAUUUGGAAAAGUACAGUGAUACCAAUGGGACGAGGGAAUGUGGUGCCAAUGACAACAACAGCGGUCUUGUUAAUGAUGGCGUUCUGCCAUGCCGUUUCGAUUUGUCCAACUUCACAGCAGCUGGUUGUGGACCGGAUAAGCAGUACGGCUACGGUAGACCGUGUGUUGUUCUCUCACUCAAUCGUCUCAUUGGAUGGCAGCCAGUUGACUAUGCGCCGGACUCAGUGCCGGAAAAUGUGAAAGGCCGCUACAAAAGUGGAUCAAUCGCACUGUACUGUGACGGGGCUAAUAAUCCAGAUAAGGAGCACAUUGGUCGUCUGAAGUACAUACCCGAACAUGGCAUUGAUGGAAGAUACUACCCAUAUGUAUAUGUGCCCAAUUAUCACCAACCUAUUGCGAUGGUGAAAUUCGAGUCGCUGCCACGUAACAAACUGGUGUUGGUCGAGUGUCGCGCGUAUGCGUUGAACAUUGAACACGACAUCACUUCACGGCUUGGUCUUGUUCAUUUUGAACUUUUUCUAGAGGAUAAAGUAAUUGAGACGAAGCCGUCAUCGUUGUGA